AUGCGCCAAGAUCGUCGUGGGAGACUUAUGGGGCUAACAUCGGGUAUAGCUCUAGGAGGAAUUUGCUGUUUGGGUAUUAUCUCAUUGCUUAUUGCAAGUACAAUUGUAUUGAGCCUUAUUUCUCUCUACACACCGGAUCAUAGCCAAGAAUGGUAUGGUGAACAUUAUCAAAUCAAAGCAAAAGUUUUGGAUGUUCAAAGCGUAGAUGGGUCAUUGAAUUUUACCAAUGCAACAGUAGUUGAUAGUACGCAGCUGUCUAAUUUGUGUGGUGCGCAGUACCGAAACCUAGGAGCACAGUAUUUCGUUGGUUGUCAUGCAACAAACUUCGUUGCAUUCGGCUCGCAUAGUAACUCGAAUCGCAGACGCCGUCGACGCACAGCUAACCGCGGCUUUUAUGAAGUUGGCGAAAUUAAUUUGUACUAUUCAACUUCAUGUCCACCGCAAACGAAUAGAUUGACAUCUGGCAACUCUGGCGUAUUCAGUAAUUGUAUUAAAAGGCGAUUGGAAGCCUGUAAUAAGCUCUGGAAUGAUGCAUCAUCAUGGUUACCAUCAUCGGGAUCUUUGGCACAGACGAUUUUGCCGUCAGGUUCUUCUACUUAUGAAAGCAUUACUAUAAAAAGCAUAUAUGGUCUAUCAAACUCAAAUGCGAUUAACGUAACGCAUGUUUGGAGUUUGCCGAAUAUAGAUCUAAAAUGUCAAUAUCAAGGACCAAUAUCACACGACGAUAUCAAUGCAAUUCUUUCUUCGCAAAUAAGCCCAGUAACUGAGCCAUCCUCUACAUUAUCAUCGAAUUAA